AUGAGGACACAGCCCCAGACUCAUGAAACGACUGCUCUAAACCCUGGAUCAAGGUGCCGGAAGAGUCUAAGAAACAAAAGGCCCAUGGUAAAACUGGGUUUAUCCACUGUGCCCUCUAGAGAGCAAAGGACACACCUUCUUGUCCUGGGAGCCAACCCAAACGAAUGAUCGGAGUAAUCACCGACUGCGUGUGCCGCCAGCCCAGAGAACAGCCCAGGCUCCUUCCUGUCACACCUGGUAGAAGCACCAGCUGCUGCCCACGCUGUAGCUGGGAGGCGGCUCCAAGGUGACGCGAUCGCCUCCUCCCCUUUAAGGCGGGGCUCACGGAGGGGCUGAGGAAGUCCUGCGGCCCUUGGGACUCUCUUGUCUCCUCGGCAUCAGGGCUGCUUGGUGCUAUCCUGAGCAGCGAUUCCAGCCACCACAAGCGACAGCAACGGUGGAUCCCACGCAAGUGAGGAGCGCGCGCCCGGCUGCGCUCUAUUGAAUUGGGGACUCAGCCUCAGACAGAAGUCACUUACUAUUUUCUACUAGAAGCACACUCUUUUGAAGAGUGGAAUUCUUGAUUCUUCAUGCAGUCAUGGAUAUGGAUAAACCAUCUGUCUGGGGGUCAUUAAAACAGAGGACCAGACCAUUGUUAAUCAACCUGAGCAAGAAGAAAGCUAAAAAGACCCCAAGCAAACCCUUGGAUUUAAAGGUGCAGCAUCACCUGGACCGGCGUCUCAGCCUCUCGGUGCCUGAUCUUCUGGAAGCAGAGGCCUUGGCCCCCGAGGGUCUGCCUUACUCAGGGCCACAGUCAUCUUACACCUCGGUUCCCAACAGCCUGUCCACGGCAGGCAUCGUCCCCAAGAGCAGCAGCAGCUCCUUGAAGCAGUCUGAGGAAGAACUGGACUGGAGCCAGGAGGAAGCAAGCCUUGUCCAUGGGCUGGACACCGACUCUGAGGAGAUCUACGCCUCUUCUGUGGAGGAGAGGCCGGCAUCCAGCCAAAGUGGCCUGGAUAUGCACAAACAACCCCUUGGGGGGGAUGCUCCUGAAGAGCCAGAGAAGUCGCAUGGCAAUGAUGAUCUGAAUGCUUCUAUGACGUCUCAGAAUUUUGAAGAAGAAUCUACUCUUGGAGAAGCUGGCGAUUGCUUGAGUCACCUCCCCAGCCCCUUCGCAUACCUUCUCACCAUACACCUGAAGGAAGGCCGCAACCUCGUGGUCCGGGAUCGCUGCGGCACGAGUGAUCCGUAUGUGAAAUUUAAACUGAACGGGAAGACGCUGUACAAAAGUAAAGUCAUAUAUAAGAACUUGAACCCGAUUUGGGAUGAGAUAGUUGUGCUGCCGAUACACAGCCUUGAUCAAAAGCUUCGUGUGAAGGUGUACGAUCGAGACUUAACCACAUCUGACUUCAUGGGUUCUGCCUUUGUCAUUCUCAGGGAUCUUGAACUUAACAGGACUACCGAACAUAUUUUAAAACUGGAAGAUCCAAACAGUUUAGAAGAUGACAUGGGAGUGAUUGUGUUAAAUUUGAACCUAGUUGUAAAACAGGGUGAUUUCAAGAGGCAUCGUUGGUCAAAUCGGAAGCGGUUAAGUGCCAGCAAGUCCUAUUUGAUCCGCAACCUACGGCUCUCAGAGUCCCUGAGAAAGAACCAACUCUGGAAUGGGAUUAUAAGUAUAACUCUGUUGGAAGGGAAGAAUGUCUCAGGAGGGAACAUGUCAGAGAUGUUUGUCCAGUUAAAACUGGGAGAUCAGAGAUACAAAAGCAAGACACUGUGUAAGAGUGCAAACCCGCAAUGGCAGGAACAGUUUGACUUUCACUACUUCUCUGACAGGAUGGGCAUUUUGGACAUUGAAGUGUGGGGAAAGGACAGCAAAAAGCACGAGGAGCGACUGGGCACGUGUAAAGUGGACAUCUCAGCACUCCCGCUGAAGCAAGAAAACUGCUUGGAGCUACCUCUGGAGAGCUGCCUAGGGGCUCUCAUCAUGUUGAUCACCCUGACUCCCUGUACUGGAGUGUCCAUCUCUGACCUCUGUGUCUGCCCCUUAGAGGACCCCAGUGAAAGGAAGCAGAUAUCCCAGCGAUAUGCCCUACAGAAUUCACUGAAGAAUGUGAAGGACGUGGGCAUUCUACAGGUGAAGGUUCUGAAGGCCGCAGACCUCUUGGCAGCUGAUUUCUCAGGGAAAAGUGAUCCUUUCUGCCUGUUGGAGUUGGGCAAUGACAGACUUCAGACACACACCAUUUAUAAAAGCCUCAACCCUGAGUGGAACAAAGUUUUUACCUUCCCUAUUAAAGAUAUCCAUGAUGUUCUGGAAGUGACAGUGUUUGAUGAGGAUGGAGAUAAAGCCCCGGAUUUUCUUGGAAAAGUUGCCAUCCCCUUGCUGUCUAUUAGAGAUGGACAACCAAAUUGUUAUGUGUUGAAGAAUAAAGAUUUGGAACAAGCUUUUAAAGGACUUCUUUACUUAGAGAUGGACCUCAUAUAUAAUCCAGUCAAAGCAAGUAUCAGGACCUUCGCUCCAAAAGAGAAGCGCUUUGUGGAAGAUAGUCGCAAGCUGUCCAAAAAGAUCUUAUCAAGAGAUGCAGACAGGGUGAAGAGACUCACUAUGGCAGUAUGGAAUACAAUACAGUUCUUCAAAAGCUGCUUCCAGUGGGAGUCCACAUUGAGAAGUUCAAUAGCAUUUGUGGUGUUUUUGGUCACUGUCUGGAAUUUUGAACUCUACAUGAUCCCUCUGGCAUUGCUACUUAUCUUUCUGUACAACUUCCUCAGACCCACGAAAGGGAAGGCCAACAGCACCCAGGACAGCCAGGAGAGCACAGACAUAGACGAGGAAGAGGAGGAGGAAGAGAAGGAAUCCGAGAAGAAGGGAUUAAUUGAGAGAAUCUACAUGGUACAGGAUAUUGUUUCCACUGUCCAGAACAUCUUGGAGGAAGUUGCUUCUUUUGGAGAAAGGAUUAAGAACAUGUUUAACUGGACGGUCCCCUUCCUUUCGCUGCUGGCCUGUUUGAUUCUGGCUAUAGCCACUGUGGCUUUGUAUUUCAUCCCUCUGCGGUAUAUUGUUCUACUCUGGGGCAUAAAUAAAUUUACUAAGAAGCUUAGAAAUCCUUAUGCCAUCGACAAUAACGAGCUCCUCGACUUUCUCUCCAGGGUGCCCUCGGACAUUCAGAAGGUGCAGUAUGCAGAACUGAAGCUCUGUGGCAGCCACAGCCCACUUCGGAAGAAGCGGAAUACUGUCUAGAGCUCACUCUGACUGAGGACUGCAGCGCCCUAUGUGUAGCUGUUAGGCCUCUGUCCUGGCUGCUCCAGCGGUACUGAGGUGUCCUGAAAUGGGUGCUCUGUGAAGACCUCCCUCUCCUCAUUCUCUAUUCUCUUCACAUACACAGAUGCACACACACCUGCACACAUGUCCCUGUUCAUGGGUAUCCCAGAUGCCUAGACAGUCAACCCCAAAAGGGCAUUAAGCCUGAGACCAUGAGCUCUGAUCCCUUUGUCAGAAGGAUGUUGAAACCAGGUAUCCAUGUAUCUGAGCACUGUUCCUGAGAAGAGCCAGGAGACCACUCGGUUCCAGGAUCACGUUAAACUUAUUUUAGUACCAUCAGCAGAUUUUUUUUCACUAAGAUUCAGUAAUUUCCAUCUGGAGCUGGUGGCCCACAUUUGUAAUCCCAGCAAUGAAGAAGCCAAGGCAGGACAGUCGCAGGCUCAAUGCCAUCCCAGGAGCUGUAUUGUGCCAGCCCCUGUUCCAUUACAAAGCUCUGUCCUAAACCACAGUCAUCAGCAGAGGUGCAAUUGUUUCCAGUCCCAAUCGUGCCACUCCCUGUAGAGUAUUUUGCCACCAUCUAUCCAUCCAGAUAGUGUAUAUUAGAAAACGGAUAUGUAGUGACUUCCAGAAUUAACACAAAUAGUUUGUCAGCCGUAAUUACGCAAGACGCGUUUGUUUUCGGUGACCUCUUAGUAUUGGAUGCCAGCCUUAUUGCAUUUCAGCUGUUGUUGGCAAGGGGUAUCCCUGAAGGUUCCAAGGAGUCAUUCAUUUGAAGAGUAGGGAUUUCAUGAUAAUAUUUCAUUGCUGUAAAAUGUCAUUUCUUCCAAUUUCACUUUUUGCUUAUUACCAAAAGGAGAUGUCGAUAUACAUCCUCAGAGAAAUGGUGGGGUGGGGAGAUGGAGAGAAGUUAGAAAAUCCAGAAAGUAUUUAGGAAUGUGAAAUUCUGAAGGGCCUUACUUAGAGACUCUUGGUGAAAUAUAAUUGUUCCAGUUACCUGAUGUUGUGAGCAGACAGUUAAAAUGACUUUGGCUGUCUAAAUUUAUCUUUUUUUUUUCUGAGAGUCAAAAUAAGAUAUAAACAUUAAAAGCUUAUUUCAAAACCUUGUUCAUACAAGACAACCACCAAAAUGCCCUCUGCUUAUAGGAUCUGAGUCUUGAGCUCCCAACGACCCCACAGCACACCCUGCCAAUUUCAAAACAAUUAAUUUUGUGCAUGUAGAAAGUGUGUACAGAUAUAUUUGUGCUAAAAUUAUAUUUAAGCUUUAAAAUCUGUAUUUCAUCCACACAUACCUGCAAUAUGCUGUUUGUAUGUAUAUAUAUUGUAAAGGAAAAUUAAGGUGAAAAGCCAGAUUUCUUUGUUUCUGCAUUGUCAUUUAAUAAUCUUCUGACAAAAUAUUUUAUGAAAAAUGCCAAAGAUUCUAAACUUUAUCAUCUCAUGUCUGUGUUUCUUCACAUUCUUCUUCCUGGUUUCUUUGUGGCAUAGCCCGAUUUUUGCAUGAUUUGAUUUACUUCAAGUUAAUGAAGCUGGUUGGAAAAAAGCAUUGAAGAGAUUCUAAAAGCCCCAGUAAAUAUGUUAGAUGUACAUACAAUAGAUACCCGAGAACUUCUUUGUCUAUCCAGUUACUCAAUCUUCUGUGUAAACAAUACUGCAUUGUCUUGUUCUUGUCAUCUAGUUUAUCACAGUGUGUCAUUUAGUAACGACCCAAGGCAGACAUCUUUAAGCUGAUGUGUGAGAUUGGAUCAGUCAUUGGAAUGAAAACUUUUGGGAGCAAAAUAACCCCUUAUUUAUUUAAAUGUGGAUCCCAUCCUUCAUGCUGUUCUUUUGCUUUAGAAUUUCUAAAUGAAAUACUUCUCCUGGUAAGAAGGUAUCAUUAGGGAAACUUCUUCCCUCUGUAACCCAAAUAGAACUUGCAGCAUUACAUUCAGGACACAAAUGCCAGCUGGUAUUUGAGAGCGAGACAGGGCCAACUUUUCCUACACUCUCUACUAAAGACAAUUGCUAUUUGAUUAAACUGACAAUGCAUGUGAGAAAAUGAGUGUUUGUCGGGAGUGAAAAUGGUAAGAUUUAUAUAAUUAUUAUAGUUGUACAGGUCUAAUCCUUACAGACUCUGUCUUAGCCUAAGAUCUCAGAGAAAGACAAACACAAUAAUUUAAUACUUUAUUCCAUCUUGAAGAAGCAACUGUCACAUACUGUGGGCAGAGCUAUUGUCCUUGUAUGUGUGACACCAAAACUAUUAUGAAUUUCCUUUCCUUUUUCUACUAUUAAUAUACAAAAAGAAGAUUUGUUCUAAACCAAGAUCUUAGCAACUUCUUCAAGAUUUUUUCCUCCUUCUUCCUGAGAAGUUUUACAAUUUACACUUCUAGAAAGCAGCCCUUUGGCAUGUCCAGAUUUGCAAACAUGACAAUUUGUAUGCUUUGAGACCAGUAUUGAAUAAAAUGCAUGCUACUAAAAUGGAAUCGAUGCAGUACCAUAGCAUUAAAUCCGAUAGGUGAUCACCACUCUAAAGACAGAAGAGCCAAAUGAAAGCAAAAUUCCCACACCUCAACAGGUCAGGCCUGAGUGUCUGGAGUCUGGCUCCCUAGUGACCUCAAAUAUCUUACAUAGACAUCUGUAGCCUAACCCCUAAACACUUACAGUACUUUACACAAAAGGCACAUGUUGUGGGAUUAUUUAUACACUAUGUGAAAAUGUAUUGCUAUGAUUAGUGUGAUAAAAAAUAUAAUAGUUAGGCAGUGUGGGAUCUCUGGGGACAGACAGGACUCUGGGAAUAAAGCAGCAGAGUCACCAACCAGACAUGGAGAGGAAGUGGAAGGCACAAGUUGGAAGAAAGGUAAUACCAUGUGGCAGAACAUAGAUUUAAAAAUAUGAGCUAAUAUAAGUUGUAAGAUCUAGUUAGGAACAAGCUAAGCUAUAGGCCAAGCCUUCAUAAUUAAUGAGUCACCAUGAUAUUAUUUGGGAGCUGGCUGGUGGGAAAGAGAAAGACUGGAUUCCUUCCCGGCCUUUAGAACAUGAAUAUUGUUAUAAAACUUACCUGUCCCCUCAGAUAUGGACCAACACAAGAGACCCAUGAUGGAAAUACUAAGUAACAUCUCUUUUACUUGCAAUAGCAUAGCUUCCAUCUGCUUCUCUGAGUGGCAUGAUUGUCUCUCUCUAGAAACCCACUCAGUGCUUUCUUGGAGUGUAUUUCAAUAAAUUGUAUAUUUGUGUCUUGGUAAA